AUGGUUAACCCUUCAAUUGUCAUUGUGCCAGGUGCAUGGCACCAACCUGCACACUUCGAAGGCCUCAUCCAUGACCUUGCAAAGGUCAACUACGAUGCAGAGGCUGUGACAAUGCCUUCGGUGAACUCCAACCCUCCACUGCCCAGCUGGGAGAAGGACGCGCAGGCUGUGCGACAAGUGAUUCUGACCAGACUGGAUGCCGGAAAGGAUGUAAUUGUCCUGGCACAUUCGUUUGGCGGCGUCGCCAUGUCGGAGGCAGCGAAGGGUCUAGGAAAGAAGGAACGAGAUGCACAGGGCUUGAAAGGCGGUAUAAUCAAGCUGGUCUACAUGUGCGCGAUGGCGUUGCCGGAAGGCCAGACCCAUUUCGGUCAGUUGGUCCCGCAGACGCCCGAGGAAGAAGAGAUCCAGCGUCAGCGCAAGGAGUUCGAAGAAAAGUUCGGUGGACCGGAUGUAUCAGCGGAUGGAGUAAUCACACUCCCGAAGGACCUCGUCCACCUCAUGCUUUAUAACCGUUGCGACCAGAAGGAUGUCGAAAGGGCUGUGGGGCUCCUGGGAACAUUCCCCGUGGGCCCGUUUACCGUUCCUGUCACAUACACCGCGUACCGUGAAAUUCCAAGCACAUACAUUGUCUGCAAAAACGACCACGCAGUGGAGGAAGCGUAUCAGCGAAGGAUGAUUGCGCAAGGCGAGGGCUGUUUUGAGGUUGAGGAAUGCGAGGAGGGCCAUUCCCCAUUUUUGAGUAACCCGGGCUUUAUUGUCGAUUGUUCGGGUCCAGACGGAAUUCCCGAUGCGAUCUGCCAAAAUUGCAAACGUCUGAGACGCCAAUGUACAUUCGAAUUCGCUAUAGCCCAGUCCAGUCCCUUCUCUCGCAAACGACCAAAGCGAAACUGCGGGGAACCUAUAAUAUCAACGAGGCAAAAUGAAUAUAACGACUUUGAUGCAACACCCGAGGAAGUCGUUGGCAGCCCGAGCAAUCGAUUUGAUGCUACCUCCAUCGCUGACCAAGAUGUUCUAGCGGCUUGGUUGAAUCUCGACUAUGAUGAGAUCGUCGCGGAUAGCGUCAACUUGUUUUCAACAAACUUUGGGCCUUCCAACUCAUUCACUGCGCUUCGUUCGGAGGACAAAGCGCUGGAGGAGAGCCAGCUUGAGGGUCAACGUACAGAUCUCACGUCUCAUCUGACUUGCUUGCACGGGGGACAAAAACUCGAAUCAAAUCGUCACCGACCAACAAUUGGCCUUUCAUUCAAUAGUCCUAUCAACCUGCUGAAUUCUGGAAUAGAUGCAAAUAUAUUGGGUGAUCGUCUCGCUCGGAUUUACGAAGCAAUAGCUACAGCCAGUGCGUUGAGGGUUUUGGACUAUGACUGCAAUCUUUACGCGACUAUGAGUCGCUACCGGUUGAAGAACAGUGACUCAGGGAGCUCAAAUGGAUCGGCAACUUCAGCAAUGGAUCCAAUCCCUAUCACACCCCGAUUUUCUCUUCCGGUAUCGUCAAAAGCAAUCCCUUAUGAGAUUUCCUUGUUGGGAAGUGUUCGGUUCCUUGAUCAUCUGGGUGGCCUCUAUGGCAAUCGACUGAAUUCGGCCGCGCGGAAGAAAUCAGAUGAGACUUUCAAUGCGGUUCUUCGCGCAUUCUCAAUGCAAUGGUUGCCAAGCUCGUCUUCCUUUGAAGCAAGCUUGGCUCAUGAUGACUUUUCUCGAAAUCCAAAGUCUGGAGAGGCAGGAGAUGACUUUUCCUUGAACGCUUUCAUUGAUGCUUGGGUACGAGCAAGAUCACUUCUCAGCGACGCAAAAGAUAUUCGGUCAUUUCGAGUUGUAUUGGCAACACUCCUGUUUGUUGGUAUUGUUACACCUACUAAAAUAAUGGACAGAGAGGAUCUUGUACCAAACCACUUCCUAGACAUAGCUUUACAAAAGUUAUUCUACUUGGAUGGACUCGUCACUCAAUACUGUGCGAACCUGGGACCAUCAUCCACAUAUAGCGCUUUAGCUGAAGGAAGUUUAAACAUCGUCCGGUGGACUGCGUAUAUCCGUGACACAGGCGCAGCGUUAGCGAUGGAUUGGCAAUGCAAACUUCCAGAUCUAUGGCGUACUACAAAAGUUUUUUCUGGCAAAGAGGCCGUAGCAGCAUUAGCAGUCUCUCAAAAUAUCCUUGAGUUGAACAUCAAUGUUCAACCCAUCUGCCGGAAAGCUAGUGCAGAAACAUUCAUUCUGUGGAGGCAGAUUAUAAAAAUCAAAACCGCUGCUAACCAGGAGCAUGGCACCGCCAAGGAACGGUGCUCGUCAACAAUUGAAGCAACAAACUUGAGCAUGGCAGCUGUUCUUUCCCUCGUGAUGUUCUGGAGUCUUGGGGUUUUUCUUCUCGCCGAAGUCUUCGAAAGGGUGACCAAAGACCUUGAUGCUUCUAUCGAACAAGAAAUAGGGCCCGCUGUCUGGGAAUAUCAGCGCGACGCAGCCUCAUGCGUGGCACAGGUAGUUGAAUGCGUACUCAGCUUACCCGCCGAGGAGGCCUUCAACCUCCAAAAUGGACUCGGUGCCGAAGUCCCACUCACCGCUUAUCAUGUCACUCCCAGCUUAGCUAUCACAGCCCUUCAAAGGGCCAUUGAGAGUGUUAUAGACCUGCAGCUUCACUCUUGCUCCGAUGAUCAUUCAUCAAAGGAUGACACACAGUUUUUGAUACCAGACGGGAUCUGGGAUCGAAAAAUCGAUAUCCUCAUGAAAGGACUCAUGUCGCUUGAUGUCACUAUUGGCGGGUCACAGACCUGUGGUGUGGCCCUCAAGGAGCUGAUGCACAAAUACGGGGAUAUACUGUCUGAGUGCUGGACUUCGGGGUAUGACUCAUGA